UCCAAGUGACGUCACUUCCGCACACAAUGCUUGUCCUGUCGAGUUGCCGUAGCUAACAUUUCCGGUACGAACUCCGCAAGUUUCAUUCGCAGCAGAUGUCGUUGUUGACAACACGACACACGGAGAAACUGUUGGCGGCCAGAAGAGGACCAUGGAGCCAGAGACCAAGCGGUGGAAAGGGUCAAUGAGUGACUCUUGGGUUGCUCACCCUGUCCUGUCAGAUGAGCAGACACGAGUCAUAGAGCUGAUUGACGCUUUUGCCGCACCGAUCGUCAACAAGAGAGAGACAUCUCGGCUGGUCAAAGAGUUGAACAGUUGUUACCCCCUGAAAGGCCUUCAGCAUGUGAAGCGGGUCCGGGCGAGCAAGGAGGAGGGCUGUCCUCAUCCUUUGGCCGUCCUGCUAUGUCUCGUCAGCGAAGCACCAAACAAGACCUCGUUCAGCAUUGCGUCUCUGCUGCCGUCUCGUGUUGUCGGACAUGACGGACUAGGUGAGCCUUUCCUGGUCAAGGUUCCCGCGCGUCCUCCUUUGACCAGGCCCCAAUUCGAGCUGGCGAGCCAGCACUGGCCGACCUCUUUCCAUGAAGACAAACAUGUGACGGACGCCCUGAGAGGUGAAUUCUUCAGCCGAGCUCAGAGAGCUAAGAUGCACAUGUUCAUGUCAUCUGCCGUGGCUGCUGCCAAAGAAGGAAGGGCUCUGGGAAUGGAGGCAGUGGGAGCCGUCUUGGUCGAUCCGGUCUCGGAGACUAUCAUCGCGGUCGGCCAUGAUUGUAGACGCAAACACCCGCUGCAGCACGCUGUCAUGGUGUGCAUUGACAUUGUGGCCCGCUCGCAGGGCGGUGGUUGUUACUCCUUUGACGAACACCCUGCUUGCAGGGGUCCAUCGCCUGGCUCCAUUGCCCCAGCAGUGUCACCCUCCCGACCUCAUGUAGAGGGGAAUGCAUCGCGACCGUACAUAUGCACCGGAUAUGAUCUUUACGUGACCCGAGAGCCUUGUGUGAUGUGUGCUAUGGCGCUGGUCCACUCACGGAUAGGCUGUGUGUUUUAUGGGGCUGCCUUUGCAGACGGAGCCCUGGAGAGUACAUUUAAAAUCCACACGCACAAAGAUUUAAACCAUCGCUUUGAUGUUUACAAAGGAGUGCUAGGCAAGCAAUGUCAGGAUCUCAACAGUUUGUCUCUUUGAAACUUGGCUUUUAUCAUUUUUAGACUAUAAUAUUUAAUUUUUUUUAAGCCAACACAUGAAUAAUUUAUGACAUUUCAUGUAAAAGUAGCAAGUGAAUAUUUGUUUUGAACAAAUAACCAAGUCAAACAGCAUGUUAGGGUGUCCCGAUCCGAUGUUGAUAAUAUUAGCAAUAUCUGCGGCUUUACUUUUGAUCGCAUCCAUCUAUCCAUUUUCUUCCGCUUAUCCGAGGUCGGGUUGCGGGGGCAGCAGCCUAAGCAGGGAGACCCAGACUUAUCCCUUCCCAGCCACUUUGUCCAGCGCCUCCCGGGGGAUCCCAAGGCGUUCCCAGGCCAGCCGGGAAACAUAGUCUUCCCAACGUGUCCUGGGUCUUCCCCGUGGCCUCCUGCCGGUCGGACGUGCCCGAAACACCUCCCUCGGGAGGCGUUCGGGUGGCAUCUUGACUAGAUGCCCGAACCACCUCAUCUGGCUCCUCUUGAUGUGGAGGAGCCACAUGUACUUGAUCGCAGAUGACUCUAAUUUAAGCAUUUGUAGGCACUGCUUUGCUAUACCAGUGCGGCCGCCAUCUUUUGGCAGUCAAGAUCGCCCCAUCAACCACUACAAGUCAAUGCGACAACACAUGUACGUUGGGUAAUAUUCUAACAUUUAAAGUUUUUGAUGUUGUACACUUACAGUAGCAAUCAUGGAAAGGAAAUUAAUGUUUUAAAAAUAGUGACAUUGUAAUAUAUGGUCUUCUUUUCGAGCAGUUGCAGUAGGUAACACUAUAUUUUUGCCUCUUUCUUGUGAGAAUCGUGUGUGUGACUUAAGCAAUAAAUAGUGAGACUAUCAAACAACUACCAGGUAGCAUCUGUGAGCAGACAAUAUUGUCUCAUCCCUUUCUCUUGCGGACUUAUCAGGUCAGUAGUGCAUUCCUAAUUCAUGCUUAAAGGAUGAGGCAAAAAGUGUUACUUACUUUACAGGGUCUGCUUAAUGUCUAAAAUAUGAAAAAACUAAUAUGAUAUUGUAUUACUGUUGAAGGCUUGACAAAUGACUGCUGUAAGAUGGUGGACAGCUUGACGUACAAUUAACCAUCUCCUAUAAAUGUCUAGGGCUAAAUGUACUAAAAAAUAUCAAUAUUACACUAAUAUUGGUCACCAGAUGAGACCAAACCAAUCAGAGCGUGCUGUUUCGUAUCGUGGCCGCUGAUUGGCUCUGCUUCACCGUAUUGGAUUAAACGAGUGUAAAAGUGACCAUGUGGGUUAUUUCAUGUUUAAAGGGCAUUCAUGUUAUAACACGUUUGUUAGAAGGCCGUAAACAGUUUUUUUAUAUACUGUAGCUAUGAAAAUUAGCUAUGAAAAUAUUUAUAUUAUUAUGAAUAAUUCUUAUAUUGCAAAUGUCCAUGAUCAGGCCAAGAACCAAUUAACAAUAAAUUAUACAUUUUAUUUCAUCUUGUUAUUACUUCUGUUUGCCAUCAGAUUCAAUAAUUUUCUUCUUUUGUAACAUUAAACCCAAUUAAAAGCACUCCAGAGAAACAAAAGCACGCCAUUCAGAAGACAAGAACGCAUACUUAUCCCUCCAGCGACCAAAAAAGAAAAAUGUCGCACCACAGAUAAACAAUAUGUCAAUAAAACUUACAUAAUCCUCAAUGACAUUGUUGACAUAAAAUAAAUGCAUUAAAACAAACAAUGCUAAUUUACAAUGGAUAAGCCAUAUGCACGCGACUAGUAAGCAUUAGAGAUUUUACAGGGUGAGUUCAACACCUCCAAACUUGGUAAUCAAACAGCUGGUAUGUAAUAAGUACAAUAUUUACAGUAUAAACACCUUGUAGGACUCAACCUAAUGGCAAAGACUACUACCUGACUAUGGCAACGCACCAAGUACAAACUGAAAUGAAUGCAUACUUGCAAAUGAGACUCUGAAGUGUAAAAAUCAAGAUAUAACAAUUCAGAAUGGGGGAGGCCACAUGACAACAAAAACAGAAUGUAUCACUUGAUCACGCCCUUUUUAACAUUCCACACAACAGAGUAAGUAAAAAGUAUAUAUUAUUUGUGUUGAUAUCGGAUCGGUAUCAGCAAAUAGCAUACUGAUAUUGCAGCCUUGACUCAGAAAAUAGCAUACUGAUAUUGCAGCCUUGACUAUCGGCAGUGGAAAAAGUUGUUCUGGACACUCGUAUAUUCCCAUUGGUUUUGUAUCCAAAGACUGUUUUGCACUACAUGCCAUACUCCUAAUAAAGAACAAAUACAUUUGACACCCUUUAUGAAGUCAGUGUAUCAAUAAAGAGUCACAGACACACCACUCUUAGGAAGUUAACAUUUUUGAAAAAUACAUUUGGGGUAUUGGCAGGGCUACAAACUCCAUAACAAUUAGUGUACACAAGUGAAUUCAAGACCUAUCAAGAAAAAUACAUCACUGUUUAUUUCCUUACAAAGAUAGGAACAAUUUGAAAUUGUUAUGAUUUAUUGUAACAGAGAUAGAAUGUAUAAAAAUAAAAUAAAUACAAUCCAAAAAAAUUAAUAUUGUAUUCGAUUAAGAAAAGUAAUUACAGUAUUUGAUCCAACUACAACAAGGCUAUUUAACAUACCGGCCCGCAAGUUCAGUUUAAAAUUAUUUGGGAGACAAACAGCAACAUUCCUAAAAACAAGAGUGCUCCUGUCGUAUAGAGUAACGUGGACCACUGUAAACACAUUGACAGAUCAUUGCAUUGACAUUUAACACUGCUAGCAAACUGGGGCGUUCCUCAAGUCACCCCUUCGAGUCCUCCUUUUAAGCAGUUACAUUUUUUUGGUAAUGUCAUUUAUGUAACAUACUACUGGUGUUCCUCAAGGUUCAAUUUUCGGUCCUCUCUUUUUCAUCAUUUGAACUAUUAAACUGUUGGCCCGUGACUUUGGUUAAAACAUUUUGCAGCAGAUUCUUAAGAACACCAGGUCAUAGAGAUAUUUGACAAGCUUUUUUUUCAUGAAGUCCUUAAAAACGGCACAGCGCUCCUGUAACUCUGACAAAAUAGACCACAAUCCAAUGUUUACUGUAUAGGAUGCUGGUUCUCUGGAAUAUACAAAAUAAUACUAAUGGUGAAAGGAUAAGUCCUGAUAGUCUUAACUCUCUGGAAAUGUAGCCCCCAAAACAAUUUAGUUCAAUAGCCCGGCCUGCACUAUAGCAUUUGACCUACACAGACAGGUUAACCACACAUAUUAGUCCUGUCUCUUUAAGUACGCCGAAUGUCAACUCAAAAAAACAACUGUCAAAGAAACAACGUGCUUUGUUCAAACCUCACCGCCACCAUCUGCAGGACCAAAGAGCUGUCAAAGGACCACAGAAUGGUCAUAGAAAGAUCAUCACUAUAAUCACGUACACAACCAAAUUAGUCGUUUCAAUUGAACCCAUCCUCUUGAGGAACAGUGACUGCAUUGUGUUUGUGGGUCAGCUUCUUGGUCAAUGGGGGCAAACUGGGUGAGUUGUCUUGCCCAGGACACGGGACAGGGAACCCUACAAUUACCUACCUCCUGAGCAACGCUGCCCUGACAUAAAUAAUUCCCUGGUUACUUGUAAUCAUAGCCAAGCUGCGGCGGUAAAAAGCGGCAGACUACCGCAGAGAUGAUUGUGGGAGAAGAUUGUAGACCUGAACAGGACUUGGUGAGAUACUACUGUCUCAAUUAUUUGGAAAUGGGAAAAAAAAUACAAGUUAACAGUAAUUCGCCCUCGCUCCAUGCAAAAUGUUUAACCUAGUGAGGUAUCCAUCCAUCCAUUUUCUACCGCUUGUCCGUCCCGGGGGUGCUGGAGCCUAUCCCAGCUGUAUUAAGGCGGAAGGAGGGUUACACCCUGGACAAGUCGCCACUUCAUUGCAGAGCCUUGUGGGGUAAGAACUCCAAAUUCAAACAUGACUUUUUCUUACCAACAAGCUUUGCAUUAUUAUUAAUAUUAUUAUCCUCAAAAAAAUAUAACAUUUUCACUUAUUUCAUUUUUUUUCUGGAUUUGUGCUUUUUCCUCUAUUUUUCUCAGUUACAAUAAACCAUAAAACUGUUGCUUUCUUUGUACAGCUGUAAAUUCACAAAAUCAACGGGGAAGGAACAGAAGAAAAAUACAUAAAAAUACAAAAAGUCUGAUUCCUGGGCCAGCCCAGGCCCGAUCAGACCACAACAUAUCGUAACACAAGUUAGAAAUGCACAUUGCAGGAACUCAGGUGUGUGCCGCCGCAUCUCUUCCACCAUUUUAUCAAGAAGAUUUGACAACCAUGGCGGCCAGCAGCAACCAUCCCACCCGCCAGCCACAGCCUCCCGCCCUCAACGGACAUCAGGACCCCGGCGGGCCCCAGAACCCCAGGCUGGACCCAGGACCGCCCCCACCCGCCCUGUGGCCGCACGACCCCUGUUCUACAUGCAAGCUCCGCCUCCUUAUGUUCAGUACCAGUGGCCCGUGCCCCUUUCCUACAACUCCUUUGCUGGAUUCCCACCCAUGGGUGUGAGAAAAUGCAACAACACAAGUGAAGGAGUUUCCAUGAAUGGACGACCGCAGGGGGAUUUGAUAAAGUUCUCUUGAUGGAGGAACAAACGGUGGAGAUCAACACUGAAGAGGAGCAGUAAUUAUUUGUUUUUAAAUAUAAUAAAGUAUUUUUGCUACGUCCAAAAAAAAAAUUAAAUAAUAAAAAAAAAGAAAUGCACAUUGCAUCCGCUCUCCAAAAGUUUCCACAUUAAAAAUGUUUUCUGACUGAUUUGAGUGACAGUGGAGUUAUGGUAAUUAACUGCACGUGUUACACAGAAUACACAAUGAAAAAACCAGAAUUAGUAUUUGUUGAUCCCGAAGAUUCUCACUCUGUGCAGUUGUGGUAGUUUUGGGAUCAGCACACUUAAAAGUGACGUAGUGUUUAUAAAGAAAUGUGUUGUGUCAUAUUUUGUGUAGAAACUUGCCAAGAAAUAUCUGUGGAGAAAAAAAAGGAGAGUAAUUACAAUUAUUGAAACAUUUAGAUCCACUACAGCAAUAUGUCAUGCCAGUAUGAUCGCUAUUUAGAUGAUUUAAUAGCAAGUGUUUUAUGUACAUAUAUUUAUUUGCACUGGUUUGCCAUAGUUAUAUUUGGUGCUAAAUGCUAAGAUCUCACAAAUAAACUCAAUAGAAUGGAACAGUGUGAAUGUGGCUUGUCAUUACAACUCUGUACUGUAGAUGGCACUGUAACUCUGCUUCUUAACACAGGGAUCAGAUCAAGAAUUAG